AGAAGUUAGUCAGCCACUCGCUCAGUCUCGCUGAUAGAUAUCUCGGCAAGGUGUCUUCCUGGCCACCGCCGUAGUACGCGGCAAGUUUGCCCCGAAGACACCCGCCCUGCCCAGGGUCUCCUGUCCACACUUACUCCCAGCGAUACCAGCCUUCUUUUUUUCUGCCAUGGCGACGAGUGCAAAGCGAAAGCAGGAGGAGACUCAUCUGAAGAUGCUCCGGGAAAUGACUAGCCUUCCCGCGAAUAGGAAAUGCUUCGACUGCGACCAACGCGGCCCGACCUAUGUCAACAUGACAGUGGGUUCCUUCGUCUGCACCACCUGCUCUGGCAUCCUGCGAGGACUGAAUCCCCCGCACAGAGUGAAGUCCAUCUCAAUGACCACAUUUACACAGCAGGAAAUUGAGUUCUUACAGAAACAUAGCAAUGAGGUCUGUAAACACAUCUGGUUAGGCCUCUAUGACGACAGGACAUCAGUUGUUCCAGAUUUCCGAGAACCCCAAAAAGUAAAAGAGUUCCUACAGGAAAAAUACGAAAAGAAAAGAUGGUAUGUUCCUCCAGACCAAGCAAGAGCAGUAGCAACUGUCCAGGCUUCUGUGUCGGGCUCAUCAGCCAGCAGCACUGGCAGUACCCCAGAAGUGCAACCCCUCAAAACCCUGCAGCUCAGCAAGACCCCACUGCGCCAGUCUCCAGGGCUAGGUCGUUCACAAGCACACAGCGCUGCUCAGGAGAAGAAGUUUGACUUGCUCUCAGACCUGGGAGGAGACAUCUUUGCUGCUCCAUCCACUCAAACUGCCAGCUCUUCCAACUUUGCCAAUUUUGCACAUUUUCCAAGCCAAACUGCACCUCAUGGUAACUCAAACAGCAACUUUGCCAACUUUGAGGCUUUUGGAAACACUGCAAUUCCAUCCCAUCUGAGCACGUCACCCCCCUCAAAGUCCUUUUCAUCAGGUGGAGGUGUGCCAAUCCCAUCUAUGUCAAGUGCCGUCCCUGCCCAGUCCCUGGCAGGGUGUAGCAAAGAAGAUCGCUAUGCUGCUUUGGCUGAGUUAGACAAUGAGCUCAGCACUUCUGCCUCCACAGCCAGCAACGUGCAAGGGAACUUAUUUGGACCAGUGCUUGGUUCAUCGCCAGCCCAGAAUACGCCUGUGUUACCCAGCAUGCAGCCAGUCUUUGGAGCUGGCCCGUCCACAAAUCCUUUCGUUGCUGCAGCCGUUGCCCCGGAGAUGGCCACCAACCCUUUCCAGGCCAACGGCAGAGCUCAAGCUGCAGCCUCCUUUGGCACUGGCUCUAUGAGCAUGCCUGCCGGCUUUGGGAGUGCCUCUUCCUUCUGCCUCCCGACCAGUUUCAGUGGAAACUUCCAGCAACAAUUCCCUGGCCAGGCCCCGAUCCCUUAUGCCCAGCCUGGGGCCUACCACCCUCACUCUAAUGGCCCUGCCUUCCCAGUCUACAGUCAGAACAAGCCCUCCAUGACACCCUUUGGGCAGCCUAUGGCUGGUCCUGGCAUGUCUAACAACCCGUUCAUGGUGGGGUGUGCGCUGUGCUCGAUGGCCGUGUCAGCGAGAUUUGUAACGUGACGUCGCACCAGUGUGCCAACAUCAAACGCAACACAAUGUGGACAACAAUGGACGACAUGCAGCAGCUGUUUUUUAUCUGCUCACUUUGUGGCUGUUUGUUUCAACAAGACGUUAAGCUUUGUAUGAAAAUAGACUGCAGGCUGACUGUCGUGUGUCUAGCUCAAACUGUAUGCUAGCAUUAUUGUCGUACCCCAAGGGAGGAUACCGAAACAUUGAACAAUUGGGGCUGGUUAUUUUGUAACUAUUCCUAACUGAAACACAAAACAAUACAUAUUGUAUCAAACCGUUCCAUUCAUUGGAAACAUGUUAAGUUUCCACAACUUGACACAACAAGAAUGCUUUCAGUCCUCAUGGCACGGCUAAUGGAUCACUAGUAACUUCUGCAACUUAAUUCCAGGUUGAAACCAGCUGAAAGUGUCUUGUCACUAUAUGUCACUAUAUGUUCAGCUAUGAAGACAUAGCUGAACAAGAUGGUCUACUCUGUUGUGGAUGACUUCUCAACACAUCCUUUGCCUAUAUCAGUGGUGUUAAAUGAAGUGGACGCUGAGAGAGAGAGCACUGAUGAUGACAUUUAAAGGAAUCCUUACCUUACAGCAACAAUGUCUUUUUUCUUCCUUGUUUAAUUUCAGGCUGGUGCCCCAGCGGGAUCGUUUCCUUCAGGGGGUUCAUCCACUAACCCUUUCCUGUAGCACAUCUCUGGAUUCUCGCCACCAGAGGGCAGCAUGCAGCACAUAUUCAACGCACCCGAUCCGUCGUGCAAUUAGUGGCAGUACAUUUCCCUAAAAGAAGACUCAUGUUUUUGUUUUGUUUUUUUCAUCAAAUGUUUACAGCACUAUGAAUUAUGAAAGAAGGGUUACAAUGGACUAUAUUGGAAAUGAAGGGGCCAUUACGGGGGAGGGUAUACUGUCUGGACAAUAUACAUUAUAUGCUUUUUACUUUUUGUUUAUGACUGUAAACUCUGUGCAUAUCAUUUGUAAUCGCAGUUAAGUAGAUGUUAUGUAUAACAAGGACUGAGUUAACAAGGGUGAGUAUACACACACCUUGUAGUUAAAAAAAACAACACUACAAUCUAUAUAAGGGUAUACACUUUUAAGAUUAUUAACGGAGUUCCAUCCAAAUCCGUCAUCUGUGGUUUGAAGCAGCCAUAAUAAUGCAGGUGUUUUAUUUUCUCUUUCUAUUUGUUGUUCCAGCAGAAUGGCUACUAUGUUGGCAGUAAGGUGCAAAAAUGUUCUUUUAUCAACUGGCCUGUCCAGAGUGCUAUUUUUAACAAUCUAACGCUUCCAAUGACCCACAGCGACAAAAGAAAACCCACGUCUCUAUAAUCUUACAAAUUAAACAUCCUAAAGAGGUGGAUUGGACACACCAUUUAUGCUGGGCUUUUACCACAGUCAUUGUGAGCAUAAAUGGAGGAAUUGGACAAGAUUUGUGGGCUUUGAAAGUUAUAUUUCUUAGUUCUGCUACUUGAUUAAUAACAUCUUUAUUAAAGUUGUUCAACAUGUUGCCAGUAACCUCUCUGCUGCUGGUUGCAGAUGUCAGAUGAGUUAAAUAUCAGGUUUUUGUUUGGUUGAUAGUUGCAGGUGUUGACUGCUCCUGUCCAGACAAAAUAUGCACAAUAUUUGAACACAAAUACUUGUGGGAUGUUAGUUAAUUUGUGUUCAAUGCACUCCCUUAAAACUCUGUCUUCUUCUUUGCCUUUUUGAAAAGCCUUUUGAAGAGAAGAACAGGAUGAUGAGAAACAUUGAUCUCCCUUCAUUUUUCCGUUACAGUAAUAAGGCAAAGCAGAAGAACAGAUUCAUUUAUGGAUUAUUACACUACUUGAUCCUCCUUUUGACUCUGGUCUCAAUUCCUCCACCAGUGACUAACAAUAAAUUUGACAAUGUUUCUUGUCUUUGCAAGAAUAGGUAAGUAAAUGUGUACAUAUAUAAAUAUAUGUAUAAAUAAAUUAAAAGAUUUUUAACUACAGUGAUGACUUUGUUGAAGUCUCUUACAAACCUGUUCUUAAUGUUCCAUAUUGAUACAACUGAGCCAUUAAUGCUAUCAAAAGG